UCUUUCCGGGGAGGGCGGCUCCCAUCUGCUUCCCCCCUUUCCCUGCUGUGUCCGGGGAAACUUCCCGCAGGAGAAAUCCCGGCUCCUGGGAGCGGGUCUGAAUGUGUGGAGGGGUCUUUUCCCCCCUGCAUGGGAUGGAAAGGCGGCACGGCGAGACGUGGGGGUCCCAAAGCCCGCGGGAAGCGCUGCCGCCCGCCCGGCGUCAUCCCGGCAUUCCCGGGGGCCGGGAGCCGAGCGGCUCAGAGGCAGCGCCGGGGUCAGCCGGGGCCACGCGAGCCGCUCAGGAAAGGAGCCGGAGCCGCGGUAGGAGACGGCAUCCCGCGCCGCCAGCAAGGAGCACGGGAACGAGCCCGGGAAAACGGGAGCAUCCGACACUUGGGGGCUCCUCUCGGAGCUGCCGCGGCGCCCGGCGGAGGCGUUAGGCAGCGAUGGGUACCGGCACGGCCGGCGGAUGCCGCGGCCGGCGGAGGAUGCUCCGGCCGGCAGAGGAUGCUCCGGCCGGCGGCCCGGAGCGGAGCGGUGCCGCUGCCAGCGCAGGAAAACCGCAAGCUGAGCGCCUGGGCUGGCGGGGCUCCACGGGCGCGCUGCAGCGGGGCGGCCGGCCAAGGAGGCUCCCGGCUCUUGGCCGGCCGAGGCUGCUGGCUGCGAGCGGCGCGCGCGGGCGGCCCGCUGACCUCCCCGAUGCCCCCGGCCGCCUGGCAGGGCCCCGGGAGCUGCUGCCCUGCGCGGUUCGGGCGAAAGCGAGGACGGGAUUUGCGCGAAAGCGAGGACGGGAGUUGCACAAAGGAGAGGAUAGAGUUUGCAGAAAAUCGAGGGUGGGAAUUGCAGAAAAUCGAGGACGCGGUUUGCGCAAAGUGGUGGACGGUGUUUGCAGAAAAUCGAGCACAGCGUUUGCACAAAAUCGAGGUUGGAAACUGCAGAAAAUCAAGGAGGGGAAUGGCAGAAAAUCGAGAACGGUGUUUGCACAAAGUAGUGGAUGGUGUUUGCACAAAAUCGAGGAUGGGGUUUGCACAAAAUCGAGGAUGGGAAUUGCAGAAAGUCAAGGACACGGUUUGCACAAAGUAGUGGAUGGCGUUUGCCCAAAAUCGAGGGUAGGAUUUGCAGAGAAUCGAGGAUGGGGUUUGCAGGAAAUCAAGGCUGGGAAUUGCACAAAAUCGAGGAUGGGGUUUGCACAAAGUAGUGGACAGUGUUUGGACGGCGUUUGCACAAAAUCGAGGAUGGGGUCUGCCCCAAAUUUGAGGGUAGGAUUUGCAGAAAAUCGAGGACGGCAUUUGCACAAAGUAGUGGAUGGUGUUUGCACAAAAUCAAGGAUGGGGUUUGCACAAAAUCGAGGGUGGGAAUUGCAGAAAAUCGAGGAUGGGGUUCGCACAAAGUAGUGGACAGCAUUUGCACAAAAUCGAGGCCGGGGUUUGCCCAAAAUCGAUAGGACUUGCAGAAAAUCGAGGAUGGGGUUUGCCCAAAAUCGGGCUUUGUCCCGAGGCUGGGCAAAGCGGCCGCUUGUGGGGUGCACCGAGUUGCUCCGGUCUCUCCCCAAACCCUCCGCCGGGGCAGGCCGAGCCGGGGCUCUCCGAGUAUCCCGCCUCCAGAGCCGCCGCGUGCCCCGCGGCCAGGCCGGCCAUUUCGGGAGCCGCGGGGGCAGCGGCCGGGCGGCGAUUCCCAGGGCCUGGAAACCCGCUCCUGGCCGAGCCCGAUGUUGGUUUUUCAGGCAGCCGAAACGCGCGGUUUGGAAAGGGCAGCGGGAGCGGCGCUUGAUUUACGACGAGCAGAAACGCGGCAGAAAGGCCCCGGCUGCUUGUUUUGGGCUGUUUUAUUCGAUUUUCCAUCAAACCCGUCGGGGACGUUUAAAACGAGGAGUUGAAAUGGGGAGAAAAGCGGCCCACGAGGGGGGUUGGCAGCGGCGCCGAGGGCGGCAGCGCCGUCCCCCCGGGAUGCCGGCUCCGGAGCAGGUUGUUUCGGGAUUCGAGGCCGCGUUCCCGCGGGACGGUGCAAAGCCGCUUUCGACGGAGCGGGCGAAACGGGCCGCGCCAGCUGCAGCCAGAUGUUGCCGCCGCGCCGCAGCCCUUGGCAUCCCGCUCGCCCUUCGCUCCCGGCGCGUGCCAUGGCCAGAAACGCCCCCAAAACCAGGCGCCCCCCCACCGUGCUGCCGCGGGGGGGUCUCCGGUGCCCGCGGGGUCAGGCGAGGACGCGGCAGCCGCGGAGAGGAGCGGCCGGCUCGGCCCGGCGGUGCUUUUCAGGCGGACGCGGUGGCGGCGGACUUCGAGCUUAUCUGCUCCCGCCCGGGUUAUUUAUUAUCCCGGCGGCUCCGGGCUCCGGGCUGCGCCCGGGGGAUGCGCCGUUGCCGCGGGGAGGGAUGCGGCGGGGGCUUUUCCAAGCCGGCGAUCCCACCGGUCGGCUCCAACGCCCGGGACGCGAUGCCCGCUGCCAUCCCGGCGCCUUUCCGGGCAAUCCCGCUCGCCCGGCCUCGCUUUUCCCGCGCCCGCCGCCCGCCGCGCGCCCGCUUCCCGCGGCCUUCCCGCGGCCCGGCGUUCCCGCGACGCGGGGCAGCCUCGCCGGGGACCCCGGGGACGCGGGGCCGCCGCCUCGGCCGCGCCGUACGUGCGCGCGGCGCCAGCGCUAAUGGCUCCUCCAGCUGUUUGCAGGGGGAGGGGAGCUCCGGCCCCAGCGCCGCGUUUCCUCCUCCGCCGCCGGGGCCCGUGGGCGCCUCGCCGGCGCUUUCUUCCCGUUUUUCCUCCCUUUUUCCCCGCCGCCGCCGCUUUCUCCGGGCGUCCCGGCGCAGGCAGGCGCGGAGGGCCAGGCGGUUGAUGGCCCCGCACGCGGCCGGAUGGAGGACGGGCCAGCCGAGCGUGCCGAGGAGCCGCGGCCCGGGCGGCGCAGCGGGCCGGGCGCCGCGCUGAUGGAGCCCGGCGGCCGGCCCGGCGCCCCGGAGGAGGCCCGCGAGCUGGCGGCCUUCGCGGCGCUGGCCGAAGCGGCGGCGGCGGCGGAGGAGAGCGCCGGGCGGCGGCAGCAGCGCGAGGACCUGGGCGCCCUGCGGGCCGCCCUGGCCUUGGCGCGGCACGGCAUGAAGCCGCCCGACUGCAACUGCGACGGCCCCGAGUGCCCCGACUACCUCGAGUGGCUGGAGCGGAAGAUCAAGGCGGCGCUGGGCGAGGAGCCGCCGUCGCCGCCGGCGUCCGACGGCGCUGCCCCGGAGCCGGGCCCGCCGCCCGCCCUGCCCUUCUCCCCCGGCGCCCUGAGCAUCGCCAAGGAGAAGAACGUCAGCCUGCAGACGGCCAUCGCCAUCGAGGCGCUCACGCAGCUGGCGGCGGCGCCGCCGGAGCCUCGCCGCCCCGGCGUCACCGCCGCCGCCGCCGUGUCACCCCCCGGCUACGCGGGGCCGGCGGCCGAGCCGCGCUCGCCGGCGCAGCUGGCGCUGCAGCAGCACCUGCGCCACAAGCGCGGGCUCUUGCUGGAGGCGCCGGCGGGCGGCUGGUGGCCCCCGGGCUCGGCGGCCCCCAAGGCGCCCCGCGAGAAGAAGAAGCCGCGGGCGGGCGCCGAGAAGGCGCCGGCGGGCCGGGCGCUGCGCCGAGCCGCCGCCGCCGCCGCCGCCGGCAAGAAGGCCAAGGGCAAGGAAGCGCCGCCGCUCUUCCCCCCGCUCUGGCAGAUCAGCCUGGCCGGGGCGCGGGCCCCCCCCGCCGCCGCCGCCGCCGCCGCCGCGCCGCCUCCGCCGCCCGCCGAAACUCAGGGAAGGGGCGUCGCGGCCCCCGCCGCCCCGCUGGCGGUGGACGCCAAGCUGGAAGAGCUGAUCCGGCAGUUCGAGGCCGAGUUCGGCGAGGAGUUCGCGCCGCCGCCGCCGUCGCCCGCCGCCGCCGUGCCGGGCGAGGGGCCGCCGGCCGAGCCGCCCCGCGCGCCCCGCUCGCCCAAGCAGAUCAAAAUCGAAACCUCUGGUGCUAUCACGGUGCUGUCGACCACGUGCUUUUACUCGGAGGAGAGCCGCGGCGAGGAGGCGGCCGGCACCCCCCCCGCCGACGAGGCGCCCACCCUCAGCGGCUUCCUCGAGUCGCCGCUCAAGUACCUGGACACGCCGACCAAGAGCCUGCUGGACACCCCCGCCAAGCGGGCGCAGGCCGAGUUCCCCACCUGUGACUGCGUCGAACAAAUCGUGGAGAAGGACGAGGGGCCCUACUACACCCACCUGGGCUCGGGGCCCACCGUGGCCUCCAUCCGGGAGCUCAUGGAGGAGCGGUACGGCGAGAAGGGCAAGGCCAUCCGCAUCGAGAAGGUCAUCUACACGGGCAAGGAGGGCAAGAGCUCCCGCGGCUGCCCCAUCGCCAAGUGGGUGAUCCGCCGGCACAACCAGGAGGAGAAGCUGCUGUGCUUGGUGCGGCACCGGGCCGGCCACCACUGCCAGAACGCCGUCAUCAUCAUCCUCAUCCUCGCCUGGGAGGGCAUCCCGCGCACGCUGGGCGACACGCUCUACCAGGAGCUCACCGACACCCUCACCAAGUACGGCAACCCCACCAGCCGCCGCUGCGGCCUCAACGACGACCGCACCUGCGCCUGCCAGGGCAAGGACCCCAACACGUGCGGCGCCUCCUUCUCCUUCGGCUGCUCCUGGAGCAUGUACUUCAACGGCUGCAAGUACGCCCGCAGCAAGACCCCCCGCAAGUUCCGCCUGGUGGGCGACAACCCCAAGGAGGAAGAACUGCUCCGGAAGAGCUUCCAGGACUUGGCCACCGAGGUUGCUCCGCUGUACAAGCGCCUGGCGCCGCAGGCCUACCAAAACCAGGUGACGAACGAGGACGUGGCCAUCGACUGCCGGCUGGGCCUGAAGGAGGGGCGGCCCUUCUCGGGGGUGACGGCGUGCAUGGACUUCUGCGCCCACGCGCACAAGGACCAGCACAACCUCUACAACGGCUGCACCGUGGUCUGCACGCUGACCAAGGAGGACAACCGCGUGGUGGGCCGGAUCCCCGAGGACGAGCAGCUGCACGUGCUGCCGCUCUACAAGAUGUCCAGCACGGACGAGUUCGGCAGCGAGGAGAACCAGAACGCCAAGGUGGGCAGCGGCGCCAUCCAGGUGCUCACCUCCUUCCCCCGCGAGGUGCGCCGGCUGCCCGAGCCCGCCAAGUCCUGCCGCCAGCGGCAGCUGGAGGCCAAGAAAGCCGCCGCCGAGAAGAAGAAGCUGCAGAAGGAGAAGCUGCUGGCGCCGGAGAAGAUCAAGCAGGAGGUGCUGGAGCUGCCGGCGCUGCAGCCGGGCGCAGGUCUGGCGUUGCAGGGCGGCCGGCCGCCGCAGCCCAUCAAGGUGGAGGCGCCGGGCCACUACAACGCCUUCAAGUACAGCGGCAACGCGGUGGUGGAGAGCUACUCGGUGCUGGGCAGCUGCCGGCCCUCCGACCCCUACAGCGUCAGCAGCGUCUACUCCUACCACUCCUACUAUGCACAGCCCAACCUGCCUUCGGUGAACGGCUUCCACUCCCGCUUCGCCCUGCCGGCCUUCGGCUACUACGGCUUCGCCCGCGGCCCCGUCUUCCCCGCGCGGCUCCUCGACUACGGGCCGCCCGAGCGGAGCGGCGGCGCCUGGGCCGCCGGCGCCUACGAGGCCAAGCCGGAGGCGCGGGCGCUGCAGGAGCCGCUCGGCCGCCCCUACCGCCCGCCCGCCUUCCCCGAGCCGGCCCGCGGCCGCAGCCACCACCAGCGCACCUACGAGCGGGCCGCCAGGGCCGGCGCGCAGGCCAAGGCCGCCGGUGCGGCGGCGAUGCACGGGGCCGGCGCGGCGACGGCGGCGAUGCACGGGGCCGGCGCAGCGACGGCGGUACCCGGAGCCGGUGCGACGGCGGUGAUGCCUGGGGCCGGUGCAACGGCGGUGGGGCACGGAGCCGGCGCGACGGCGGUGCACGGGGCCGGCACGGCGGCGGUGCCCGGGGUCGGUGCGGCGGCGAUGCACGGGGCCGGUGCGGCAGCGGUGGUGCAUGGAGCCGGUGCAGCGGUGAUGCCCGGGGCUGGUGCGACGGUGAUGCCCGGGGCUGGUGCGACAGUGAUGCCCGGGGUCGGUGCAGCGGUGAUGCACGGGGCCAGCGCGGUGGCAAUGCCCGGAGCCGGUGCAGCGGCGAUGCACGGGGCCAGCGCGGUGACGGCAAUGCCCGGGGCUGGUGCAGCAGCGAUGCCCAGAGCCGGUGCAGCGGUGAUGCCCGGGGCCGGUGCAGCGGUGAUGCCUGCGGCCGGUGCGGUGACGGCGAUGCCCGGGGCUGGUGCAGCGAUGAUGCCCGGGGCCGGUGCGGUGACAGUGAUGCCCGGGGCUGGUGCAGCGGUGAUGCCCGGGGCUGGUGCAACGCUGAUGCCCGGGGCCGGUGCAGCGGUGAUGCCCGGGGCCGGCACGGUGACGGCGAUGCCCGGGGCUGGUGCAACGGCGAUGCCCGGGGCUGGUGCAGCAGUGAUGUCCGGGGCUGGUGCAACGGCGAUGCCCGGGGCUGGUGCAACGGUGAUGCCCGGGGCUGGCGCAGCGGUGAUGCACGGGACUGGCACUGCAGCGAUGCCCGGAGCCGGCACGGCAGCGAUACACGGAGCCGGCACGGCGGCGAUGCACGGAGCCGGCACGGCGGCAUUCGCGGCGGCCCCCGCUUGCUGCGGCAUCCGAGCCAUCAAGCAGGAGCCGGCGGACCCGCCGGUGCCCGUGGCGGCGCGCAACGGGGCGGCCGAGCCGCCGUGGGGCCCCUGCGCGGCGGCGGCCUCCCCGGAGAGGACUAGCGCGGCGGCGGCGGCGGCGGCGGCACCUUGGAGCGGCGCCGGGCGGCAGGAGCCCGGCGAGAAGCGGUGGCGGCCGGCGGCGGCGUGGAGCCCGCGGCCCGGCGGGGAGCCCGGCGCCCGGCCUGGUGCCGCCUGGGAGCUGGGGCCGCUGGGGCUGGGCGCGCUGGCCGGCGAGCCGUGGGGCUCGGUGCCGCCGCUGCCGUGGCCGGGCGAGAAGCGCCGGCGCGAGCAGCCCUGGGAGCCCUUCGGCCCAGCCGACGGCGCGGCGGAGCUGCCCGAGAAGGCGGCCAAGCGGGAGGAGGAGGAGGAGGAGGAGGAGGAGGAGGACGAGGAGGAGGAGGAGGAGGAGGAGGAGUGGUCGGACAGCGAGCACAACUUCCUGGACGAGAACAUCGGCGGCGUGGCGGUGGCGCCGGCGCACGGCUCCAUCCUCAUCGAGUGCGCCCGGCGCGAGCUGCACGCCACCACGCCGCUCAAGAAGCCCAACCGCUGCCACCCCACCCGCAUCUCCCUGGUCUUCUACCAGCACAAGAACCUCAACCAGCCCAACCACGGCCUGGCCCUGUGGGAGGCCAAGAUGAAGCAGCUGGCCGAGCGGGCCCGCGCGCGCCAGGAGGAGGCCGCCCGCCUGGGCCUGCCGCCCCACGCCAAGAAGCGCAAGUGGGGCGGCCCGCUGCCCCCCGAGCCGCCCCGCAAGGAGCCCCGCGACCGGGUGCCCACGCGGCAGGCGCCCGCCCUGCCCACCAACUCGGCCGUCACCGCCUCCUCCUACGCCUGCACCACGGUGACGGGCCCCUACAGCCGCUGGAUCUGAGGGCGGCCGCCCGCCUCUUACCUCAAAGUCGGCAGCACUGGAGCCCGGUGCUGCUUUUGUGGUGCUUUCUCCUCGUGCAUGUAGGAGAAGAAGAAAAAAAAAAGAUAUAUAUAUAUAUAUAUACUUAAAAAAAAAUAAGUCCGCUCGAGUGCAAACCUUCGGAAACCUGCACUUUGCGAGGAGGUUAAAAAGACAGAGCAAACUUUAAAAAAAAAAAAAAAGGAACGAUGCUGUUAAGGUUUUUCAGUAAUCUAAUAUUUAUAUCUCUGCAUUUUUUUAAUCUAUCCUUGUACGUCGCAAGAAUGGAAAGAAGAGUUUAUAGUGUCCUUUCACAAAGGAGAGGUUUUUAAUUCCAUUUAAAAUAUGUAUUUAUUGGAUUUUUUUUUUUUUAAAUCGUUAUGACCACAACGGAGCGGAUCUUAAAAUAACGGAAAACGAACCCGGAAAACGCAGACCAUCGAGCCAGCUCUCGAGGAGGUGGAGGAACCCGCCGAGCUCCCGCAGCCGGCUUUCCGAGCGGACCGGAACAGGGAUCCGAUGCCUCGGUGAGCCCUUUCUUACAGAUACAGCGGCCCCGCUCGCCGCCCCCUCCGACCCCGAGCCGGCGGCGGGAUUCACCCCGCCGCCGCGGUGCUUUUUUUUCCGGAGCCGGGGCGGCCCGAAGCUGCGGGAAGUGGGGCCGAGCAGUGGCGGGGACCGUGGGAAGCGUCGCGGGAAACGCCGCGGGAAAUGGGUCCGCGCAGCGGUGCAGAUCAUGGAAAAUGCUGCGGGAAACAAGUCCGAGCAGUGAUGGGGACCACAGGAAACUCUGCAGGAAAAACUGCAGGAAAUUCUGCAGGAAACGCCGUGGGAAACGGGUCCGAGCAGUGAUGGGGACCACAGGAAACUGCAGGAAAAGCUGCAGGAAAUUCUGCAGGAAACGCCAUGGGAAACGGGUCCGAGCAGUGAUGGGGACCACAGGAAACUCUGCAGGAAAAACUGCAGGAAAUUCUGCAGGAAGCGCCAUGGGAAACAGGCCCGAGCGGCGAAGACUGCGGGAAAUGCCGCAGGGAAAGUCCGCAGGAAACGCUGCGGGACACGGGUCCGAGUGGCGGCGGAGACCGCAGGAAACGCUGCAGGAAACACCACGGGAAACGGGUCCAAACGGUGGCAGAGACCACGGGAAACGCCGUGGGAAACGCCGUGGGAAACAGAUCCAAGUGCCAAUGGAGACCACGGGAAACGCCGUGGGAAACGGAUCCGAGUGGCAGAGGAGACAGCGGGAAACGCUGCAGGAAACGCCAUGGAAAACAGCUCCAAGCGGUGGUGGAGACCACGGGAAACGCCGUGGGAAACGGGUCCGAGCGGCAACGGAGACCGCGGGAAACGCUGCAUGAAACACCGUGGGAAACGGGUCCAAGCAGGAACGGAGGCUGCGGGAAACGCCGCGGGAAACGGGUCCAAGCGGCAACGGAGACCGCGGGAAAUGCUGCAGGAACCGCCGUGGGAAAUGCCGCGGGAAACGGUUCCGAGCAGGAACGGAGACCACGGGAAACGGGUCUGAACGGCGACGGAGACCGCGGGAAACGCUGCGGGAAACACGGGAAACGCCGCGGGAAACGCCGCGGGCUGCAGCGAGGCGACGGCCGGUCCCCGCCGGCUCGGCUCCAGGACUCCUCCUCUCCAGCGCCGCGAUUCCCGGUGCUUUCGGCGCGGCGAGAAGAGGAUCGGCACCGCUGUAUCUGUAAGAAGCCGAGGCCAAAAAAACCCCCAAGCUGUGACUGGCGCCGCUCUGCGCAUCCCGGCCGCUCCGCCUGGUGCUUUCGCUCUCGCGGGACUUUCUCUCGGAGCAGCUCUGGGAAGAGCCGGCGCCGAGCUUCGCCUCG